GAUAACCUUACCUUAACAGACACGCCGGAAGGUCCUAGCAGCGGCUCUGAUUGCCCGAGGAAUUGACGUAGAUUUGAUUUCUUGGUCCAAGGUGGGGUUAAUAGUAAUGCGUACACCGGGCAAUGUGACGCUGGGUGCCACUCCAGAGUACUUAGCUGGACACUACAUUCUUCAGGGUGCAUCAAGUUUCUUACCUGUAAUGGCAUUGUCACCAAAAGAAGGAGAGAAAAUCCUGGACAUGUGUGCUGCACCUGGUGGCAAAUCGACUCAUAUUGCUGCAAUAAUGCGAAAUACAGGGAUGGUUGUCUGCAAUGACAUAAACCGUGACAGAGUAAAGGCCUUGGUUGGUAACUUCCACCGCAUGGGGAUCACCAACUCGGUCAUAAUUUCACAUGAUGGCCGUGUGUUUCCAAAG